AUGACGGGGACCGACAACUCGUCUUUCCAGAUUUUAGCCGCUCUUUUCUUUUCAACUGCGACUGCUAUACUUCUGGCAAUCAUCUCUUCUAGUAGGAAUUCAAGCAGUGCUUUCCCUACAAUAAAUGGGAGACGACCAUUUGAGCUCUCCGAUGCACGCGUGAAAAAGAACUUUAUUAUCAAUGGCCGACAACUACUCCGCAACGGGCUCGAGAAAUUCAACGGCAAGCCGUUCAGAAUUCUUACGGAUCAUGGUUCCACUCUCAUCUUUUCACCUGCUUACACUCAGGAGCUUCGUAACCUUGACAACCUUAGUCACGUUCGGGCUAUCGCUCAGAUUGUCGAUGUGAAGUCACCUGGAUUCGAAGCCUUCUACGAAUUCGCAUACGGCAGAAACAUAGUUCAAGACGUGGUGAAAGCCAAGAUCACACCAGCUCUAAAAUGGCACGCGGUACCUUUGCAUUCAGUUAUCCUUCAAGCCGUGGCCCAGGUAUCUUCCCGCCUCUUUCUUGGUGAGGAACUUUGCCGCGACCCAGAUUGGCUUCGCAUUACGACAACAUAUACACACCACAUCACGAAGGCGGCGCUAGAACUCAAGGCUUGGCCAGGGCUGUUACGUCCCUUCGUUAUCCGCUUUCUCCCGCAUGGCCGCGCACUGAUCAGUCUGGUCAAGGAAGCCGAAGAAUUGCUUGGCAGUGUGCUCAAGAAUCGACGGGACGCAACGGUCCGCGGCACACGACGCAACUACACGGAUGCCAUAGAAUGGUUUGACCAGAUGGCAAAGGGCCGCAAAUACAACCCAGUACACGUGCAGUUAACGCUAUCCUUUGUUGCCAUUCACACCACUGCCGAUAUGGUUACUCAGGUCAUGUUUGACCUCGCCCAGCAUCCAGAGUACAUCGAACCUCUGCGGCAAGAAGCAAUCAAGGUCCUGGGCAAGGAUGGGUGGAAGAAAACAUGUUUGUACGAACUUAAGCUCAUGGACAGUGUUCUCAAGGAGGUCCAGAGGCUGAGGCCGAUUAAUGACACAUCUCUCCAACGACUGGCCCUGGAGGAUGUGACGCUUGCGGACGGCACGCGCAUCCCUCGUGGCACUCUGCUAGCCGUGGCUUCGACGCGGCACUGGGAUCCCCAAGUCUAUCCCGAUCCAUAUACAUUUGAUGGAUAUCGUUUCUUCAAGCUUCGGCAAGAAAAAGGCAAAGAGAAUACUUCGCAAUUCGUCUCGACGGGUCAGAAUCACCUAGGCUUUGGUCAUGGCCAACACGCAUGCCCCGGUCGCUUCUUUGCCUCUAAUGAGAUCAAGAUCAUAUUAUGUCAUAUCCUUCUAAAGUACGACUGGAGGCUCAUCGAAGGCGAAGAACCGGAGAUUGUGGUUCAUGGAUUCAACCUGAUCGCAGACCCCCACAGGCGACUCGAGAUCCGCAGACGAGAGGAGGAACUGAGUAUCGAUAAUCUGUAG